AUGACCGGAAUUUAUGCAACCAUUGAGGGUGGUAAAUUUCGGUCAAUUAUAGAAGCAAUGAUAGAAGCAGAUGUAUCUAUAGAAGAUAAAGAAUCAACUGCAAUGCUUGUCUGGCAUGAUUCUUUGAAAGAAUGCGAUUUUUUUGGACCUUUAAAGCCGUGGCAAGUUGUAAAUAGAGUUCCAAGCAUUAAUAUUCUUUGCAGAAAAUGUCCCUAUACUAGAGUAAUCAUGAGAAUGCAGCCACAUUUUCCAAAUUUAUACAAUUUUCUUCCAAAAUCGUUCAUUUUACCAAUUCAACUUAAAGAUUUCCUUCACGAUCUGCAAGUUUCUGGGAAAACUUAUAUUUACAAACCAGAUGGCGGCUCUCUUGGUUGCGGAAUUUCAAUAUUUAAGUCUGGCGAUAAGUUUGAAGUGCCCCAUAUAGAGAAGCUAGCUGUUGUACAACAAUAUAUCGACUCAUACUUAAUAGAUGGAACAAAAUUUGAUUUAAGAUUGUACGUUCUUAUAGCUUCGUUAAAUCCAUUAAGAAUUUACGUAUAUAGAAAUGGACUAGCGCGCUUCUGCUCGGAAAAAUUUGAAACAGGAACUACAUUUAGUCAAUUAACAAAUGUUUCUCUAAAUAGCGAGAACCCAGACUGUGAUAUAUCAGAAAUAUCACAACUAGUGUCUGAUAUAUUCCCUAGGAUGGAAGCAAUGGGUGUUGAUAUCAAUGCUGUUUGGGAAAGAAUUGAUAAUGCUAUUGUUUCUACAAUAAUAGCAGCACAUGAGUUCUUAUCACGAUCAGAAGAAGAAUAUUGUCCUAAUGUGGGAUAUUCUCGAUGCUUCCAUUUGCUUGGAUUUGAUGUUUUGCUUGAUAGAAAUUUGAAUCCUUGGAUAUUAGAAGUCAACAAUCGUCCUUCUCUUGAUUAUUACAGAGGAAAAGAGAGAAGAAUGAAAGUACGUGCAAUAAGAGAUGCAAUAAAGAUAUGUUGCUCUUUACAUCACGCACAAAUGGCAAUUGUUGCCAGAAAAUGGGCUUGGAACAAAGAUAGUUGGUCUACUUUUGUUAAAGAAACACCAAGCAUAAUAGAAAAUAUGGAAAAAACGAGGGCCGAAGUGGAACAAAACACUUUGUUCCAUUUGGCUUAUCCAUCCAACCAUCCAAACUCUAGUGAAUGGGAAAAGGCAUUGGAACUUACUAAGAAAAUGCCUUUGGAAUUAUUACCUGGCCUGAAAUUACCAGAUAAAAUUCUGAGUUCCUUAAAAUCUGUUUUUUAA